AUGCCUAAAAAACGUCAACGAGAUGUCGAGGCUACCACCGACUUGCAGCGACGCCGCGACGACCGCUCCACCAUUGAUCCGAAUUCUUCUGUACCUCCUCUCGUAGAAUCGAACCGAUUCAAUGUCUUGAGGGCGUACGAGAUUUUACAACAUGAUCGAGUGGCGCUGUCGAAGCCCCAAGAAAUCGCCUACUUCAGCACACAUGGAGACCAUUCCGUGCAUUUCGACCGGUCGAACCUGGCGGGGGCGAACUUGCUUGAUGGGUUCGAGGGCUUCACUUCCAAAGACGAGAAGCAUCCGACUGCACCAUCCGCUCCCAUUGCUCCAUUGUUAGCGGCCCUUGAACACUUUCAAGGCAACAACAGUCAAAGAUGGAAACAGCCGCACUUUGUCACGUACCGGAACAACCUGAACAAGAUCAUGGGCACGCCGUACAACAGCAAGAGCAGCUGGGCUUUUGACGUCGAGAAACGCAACGGGUGCGUGUACCUCAACGUGCGAAAGACGCAGCAGGACAUGGAUAGCGUUCGAAACCCGCAUGAGAAUCAACGGCGCGGGGCGUUCGCCGGACGCCGAUUCGAGAUUUACUCGACGCAGUCGAACGCCAGUGCGCGGAACAGCAACAAAGAGCGCGUCGUCAACGAGGACGAGGAAUACUGCAGCAUCUCGUCCAUGACGCUGGGCGACAAGCGCUUGGUGGUCGCGGCCGAGAUCGAUUGCUGCGCGGACAAGAGCAGCGCAAGCCGCGAGUACAUUGAGCUCAAAACGUUCCGUCUGCUGCAACGCGGGACCGACCGGUUUGUCUUUGAGCGCUUCAAGCUGUUGGCCUUCUGGAUCCAAUCGUUUCUGGUUGGCACGCCAACACUCGUCGUGGCGUUUCGAGACGACGAGUUUCGCGUCCAAAAGCUACAGACCUUCCGCGUGACGGACAUUCCGAGCUUCUGUCGCAACUACUGGAGCCCCGUCGUGUGCUUGAACUUCACAAACGCACUACUGGACUGGAUCUAUGCACGUGCGAUGGACCGGCGCGUCUACCGAGUGACGUACACGCCAAGGCAGCACGUGGUCGAGAUGACGGAAGUAGCGGCCGAGACGUCGUCGUUUCUGCCGGCACAGAGCUGA